AUGUACACCUCCUGGGGAGGCGUUGGCCCACUGUCUCAAGUCGACCAAGAAGUCUAUGAAGUCGAUCGAUGCAAAGCUCUCGCAGCCCGAGCGCGGUUGACUGGUCUCGCGAAGUCUUCUUCCGUUUCUUUGGGUGCGUCUGCUGGUCAUGCAAGAACUGGCGGGUCUGCGGUCGGUACAGAAGACAGGUGGGAAAAUCAGCGCGCUUUGCGAGGCUUUUCCUUCGCCUUCGUCCUGGAGCAGCUGCUGGCUUCAGAGGUUCCUCUGGACUGGCUAGAAGCAGUCGCGUGGGAAGAAGCUCUUGCGUUUUUCGUCGACUGUUAUUUGAAGGAGAGGCAGCAACAAGACGAGGAGGAACGCGAGAAAAAGACACCGGAGAACGAGGACACGGGGAGUCUGGCGGGGCAUCCAUGUGGCGUGGCUAAGGGUUUUCUCUUGCGAGACGGCGACCGGGAGGGGUGGAGGGAGAAAAAAGACCUUGGAGCAGCAGCGAGACACACAGGAGAUUCAGACGGCCAAGGAGGGAAGACGCGCGGAGCGGGAGCGACACUGCUGCGCCCGCCUCCUGUUCUCCCUCUUAUGCGUCGCUUCUCUCGAAGGCUCUGGUUUCUCCAAGACCAAGGCAAAACUUCUUUCUCGGUUUCCCCGACUUUUCCCUCCUUCUGCUCAGCACCAGAAGCCGAACGAGAAACCCCUUCUCGUGCGGUGUCUUCAGUUCAUUCUCUGCCCUCUUGGCUCUUUUUCUUUUUUGAGGAACUUGCUUCAUUUCUCCUCUUUGUCAUCCAGCAGAUGCAACGCCUUCAACAGCGCGGCGGGAUGUAUGUACACCUGACCAGCGAGACGUGGACACGCCGGUACCAACACCUCCAUUUCUGUCUGGAGAAAGUCCGCCCGCCACGUCCGGUUCAAAACGAAAUCGAGGACACCGUCAACCAACAACUUUUAUCUCUUUCUUCUUCGUCGUCUCCCUCCUCUUCCUCGUCUUCCUCCUCUUCAUGCCUUUUGUCGUCUGCAGCUGCGCGCUCAUCUCUGCCUGCUUGCUCUUCCACUCCUCUUUCUCUUCCUCCCCUCCACCAUUUAGAGUCGUCUUUGUGUCAGUUUUUCCCUGAGACUUCGUUGACUUCUCCUCACUCCUUCUGGCUCUUGUAUGACGCGAAACUUUGCCGGUGGUUAGUCACGCGUGACUCACUACCAGUCCGCGAGGUGUACGUACACUCCAAUUCCGUCCCGCACCCCGAGAACGGCGGCAACGCACGGAAGCGGCGACUGCCGAGCUUGACUGCCAUCAACACGGCGAGGGAAGAAGCGCUGUUCUAUCUCUCCUUGUGCGGGGUGGGAAGGAGUGAGGAAGAAUGCUCCCCGUCGAUUGCAAUGUCGGCCCCGCAUUCUCUGUCUCCUCUGGACCGGAAUCUUGUCGAUCGACUGGUGCGGUUACUGGAGACGGGCCCUGACAAAGGGCUGCCUUCCUUGCAGCUCUCGGCUGAAGGAGACAGACUGCAAAACCGUUCCGCGCGGAGAAGGCGGGAAGAAGAAAGCGAGGAACCUAAGAGAGAAGAGAUGGACACAGUGUCUCGCCCAAAGAGAAAUGAAGACGCGGUUGGUGGCUCGGAAGAAAAGAGGCGACCGUCUCUUUUUUCCGAAGUCGCUCUUCGCUCUGCCUCUUCCUGCUCGACUUCGCAGGCUUCGAAGAGCGACGGGGGCCUGCAGGCCGGCUCGCCCCGGAGACAUCCGCGAAGCGGUCAACUGUCUCUGGUUGGGGACGAGGAACCGGAGGUGAUCCUUGAGGAGGGAGACGAAGAGGAAGAGAGAAGAGCAAUGCUUGCUUUGUCUUCCUCUCUCAGGAAAACGUGCCGAAAACGGCUUUCCACUGAUUCCACCUCCUCCCGCGCCUCUGCUUCGCGAUCUGUCGGGAGCAAGCGUCGCCGUGGGCGGGGAACGGAGACAGAAGCAAACGUGCCUCCUUGCUCUGCCGAGAAGGAAAACGCUCCAGGAGCCAAAAACGUCGAGCCCCUGUCAGAUUCGCUCAGCGAAAAGAUCGUCGCAGCUGAACCAAAGGGUUGGGACGCGCGAGAAACAGCCUGGCUGGGGGGAAUCUUCAAGUGGCGCGACGAGCGAACGGAGCUCGACAGACACCGCGGAGACAGGCGGACUUUGGCAGGUCCAGACGAAGCUUCUGGAGACCAGGAACAGUCCUGUGGAGAGGACAGAGCAGACGGAUCUGAGGGGAAUGAAAGGAGCACCGAGGCGGAAGCUGACGCCGAGAAUGAAGGAAAGAGGUGCCCGCCCGAGUCCCCCGAUAAAGGGGAAAGAAGGAAGAGAUCGACUGCGGCUUGUGUCGCGUCUUCUGCCUCGACUUCGUUUCCUUCUUCACGGUGUACUCCCACUUCGUCUUCCGCGACUGCGUCCUCCUGCGGGCCUUCUCGGCGGCGAUCGCCCGGCCAGACAGACGCGCAGAAGCGAGUGCGGGGAGAACGCGAGACGCCUGAGGACGUGUCUCUCGACUUUGCCGGGAUGGAGGGAGUGGACGUCUCCAGGAAGGAGAACUUGUCGGGCGGGCGUUUCCUCGUCGGAAGUCGCUUUCGAAACGCGUUCUUCUCCGACCCGCUCCUCGCCUUUGCUCGCCGACACGCGGCCUUCCUUGUCUCGAAACCGACCGAGGCUGCGCGCGCAGCGCAAACAGCGCCGCCCGACGUGCUCUUCGAAGACGGCGAGGAGAGAGCGGCUCCAGGUCCUGGCGAGCAAGAGACCGACAAACGGAUCUUCACGGAGAAGGAAAUCCUUCGCGUGCUCCGGAACUACAUGAGUGAAAAUUGCACAAAGAAAGGAAAAAAACACUUUUACUGCGACAACGCUCUGAAGCUCUUGACGGGGGCCCAGGCACUGCCACUCGAGUCCGACAAGCUCCUCCACGUUCUGAAGAGUGCAAAACUCGUCACCCACUUCAUGAUCACAUAG